AUGUCUCUUUUCGCUCGAUCGAAUAUUUUGUGGGCUAUUCUAUUCGGUUGUUGUGCUGUUCUUAUACCACGAAUUAUUUUGCCAUUAUUUCGUCCAAGAUCACCAUCACCGAACCCUCAUAUGAAUGAAUAUUUUCAACGAGUGCAAUCAACAAUACCUCAAAGUGACCAUAAUGAAGAUUCUUCACCAGAUAACCAUGAUGAAUUUUUAAAUACGAGAAUACCUAAUCAUGGUUCUAAUAUUCCAGAACAUUCAUCGAUCGAAGAACAUAACCCGAAAUCAAAUGUGACUUUUGCUUUGCCAAUGUAUACUGUUGGCAUUGGAGUUUUUCUCAUUUAUACUUGUUGCAAAUAUUGGGGUAGUCGAAAUAGCAAAGAAAAGAAAAUAAGAAAUCAAUAUUCACCUAAUAAUAUUCAUUGGAAUAGUGAAAAAAGAAAAUUUAAAUAUGAAGUUAAUCAUGAUCGUAGUGAAGAUGAACAAGAAAAUGAAGAUUCAUAUGCUGGAUUAGAUCCUGAUUAUGUAGAAUAUUUAAAAGCGAGAAGACACAAAGAAUUCGAAAUUGAACAAAAAGCUACAACUGAACAAAGAGAAAUGUAUCAUGCUCUUGAUGAAAUGAAACAUUCAUUAUCAUUUAUUAAUUCAAAACUUGGAACAGAUCGAACUCGAAAAAAUUUAACUCAGCAUGAAGUAUCUCAACUACAAGAUCGUUUGGCUUCAACUGAAGCUCAAAUGUAUCAAAUUUUAAAUACAAUCAAUACGGUUUCGAGUAAAGUACAUGAAUUGACUGGAAUUGCUCAAAAAUCAGUCAAACAAAAGGAACCGAAUUUUAAUAAUGAUGAAGAAUAUCAUCGAUUACCAAGAUCAAAUGAUGAAAGUGAAGAAGAUAGUAUGAAUGAUGCAGAAAAUUCUGGUAGUGAUGAUGAUGAAUCAGUACAACAAGACGAACAAAAGUCAUCGAACAAACAAGAAGAAAGUUCUUCAUCAUCAUCGUAUGACGACGACGACGGUGAUGAUGAAGAAAUUUCCAAUGAAGAAGAAGAUAAUGGCGAUGAAUCAGAAGUAUCAUCUGAGCGAUAUGGUAUUAUGGAGACGAAUUAUGGAUCUGAUCAUGAUGAAGUUGAUGAUUAUGAAAUAGAUAAAACUAAUAGACCAGAACCACCGACGACUGAUAGUCGAACUAAAGUACAGGAAUGGCAUCAACGUAAUCAUUCACAAUCAUUAAGCAGUAGUAAUGCAUCGUUAGAACAAGACCAAUCUUUACCCAAUGAAGACGAAAAUACUUUACGAAGAAGAAAAUGCCAAUAA